AUGAAAGCAUCGUCUCCACCACCACAUCAACAACAACCGCCUCCGCCUCCUGAUAUUCCAUCCGGAAGUCUUCUCAAUCUAGAGACCUUAUUAGCUGCUUUAGAUGCGAUAGAGAUCUACAUUUCGUCACAAGUGCGUACUGCGCUUAAUGUUGAAGCAACAACUAUUCACGACGAAUUACGUACUGUUUUCGGUGAUGAAGCUCCUUCUUAUCGAACAAUUGCAAGAUGGGCUCAAUGGUUUCGUGAAGGUCGAGAAGAAAUUGAAGAUGAAGAACGAUCCAGAAGACCUGUAACUGAGAGUACUCCUGAAAAUAUUGAAGAAAUUCGCAGUAUUGUUAGUGAUGAUCCUCAUGUUACAAUAGCAGAAUUACAAGAAUAUACUGAUCUAAGUUAUAGUACCGUUCAUAGAAUAUUAUCUGAUCAUCUGGAACUUAGAAAAAUUACUGCCCGUUACAUACCCAAACAGCUAACGGAUUAUCAACGGAGUGAACGUGUUCGAAUAUGCAAAGAAUAUCUGUCAAGAUUUACAGAAGGAGGAUAG